AUUGCAAAGCCUGACAGGUCCUGGAAGAUGAGGGGAAGGAAGGAGGGGGAGGAGCCCUCGGUGACAGUUGUCUCAACGGGCAUAAACAGGAUGUGGUGUUGCAUGAAGCCUUCCCCCUACUCCACAGCCCGCCCCCCUGCAGCCCUGGUCCCCACCCCUAGAAGACUGCGGAACUGGGAAAAGAAGAGGCCUGUGGACAGCAGAGCCAUGUCUGACUCCCUGGUGGUGUGCGAGGUGGACCCAGAGCUGAAGGAAAAACUGAGGAAAUUCCGCUUCCGAAAAGAGACGGACAACGCGGCCAUAAUAAUGAAGGUGGACAAAGACCGGCAGAUGGUGGUGCUAGAGGAAGAAUUUCAGAACAUUUCCCCGGAUGAACUCAAAAUGGAGUUACCAGAGCGACAGCCCAGGUUCGUGGUUUACAGCUACAAAUACGUGCACGACGAUGGCCGAGUGUCCUACCCUUUGUGUUUCAUCUUCUCCAGCCCUGUGGGCUGCAAGCCCGAGCAACAGAUGAUGUACGCGGGGAGCAAAAACAGGCUGGUGCAGACGGCAGAGCUCACGAAGGUGUUUGAAAUCCGUACUACCGACGACCUCACCGAGGCCUGGCUCCAAGAAAAGCUGGCUUUCUUUCGUUGACGCCCCGGGCUUGGUACUUGAAUUCCUGAUGUCUGAGUUCCCAAGGGGACUGGGGAUUCGGACCCCUAGGACCUGAACACCCAACACCAUAAAGAAAUUAAAAAUGCAAGAACUCAGA